CCGGAUGGAUGCAUCAUCCCGGCUCUGCUCCAGUCCCUCCCUCGCCUCCCUCGCCCCCCUCGCCUGCGCCCCUUUUCUCCGCACCCUCCUCGUCCCUCCAUGUUCCUGCGGACCCCUACACUGCCCCCGAUCAUCCUUCUUCCACCGCGGAUCGUCCUCAGGAGGUGGAACUCCAGUCUCUAGCAUGCAGCACCGGCACGCGUGAAACUGAACACGGCCAUUUCCUUCAUUACACAGACCACCACUUACCCUCCGAUCGACCCGGAGAUCCCGCUUGUCUGUCUUCAACAGAAUCAGACCCCGACCCAGACUCCGACUCUUCCCACCUCUUACACUCGUUGCUCCCUCCUGACGCCUCCUCCUCCCGCCGUGGCAAAUCACCGAUGAAGCGCAAAGGCCGCACGGUCUCGAAACGCACCUCGAAGCCAUCCCUCACCAUCGCAACCGGCCAGAACGGCUACGCGAGCGAGGGCAUGGAUUCCUCCAUCGAGAUGCGAAAGAGGGACACCUCCGUCGAAUCCAACUCGACGCGGGCCAACCGCCUCAUGUCGCGUCCGAGUUUCUCCCUCGACCAGGAUCCUCCCAUCGCACCCCCCCAGACCCCCGCCAUGACGACCACCUCGUUCGCCAACCUCCCCGCCAGCGACCGGCGGAACUUCAUGCUGCUGUGUGUGCUAUACUUCCUCCAGGGUAUCCCCAUGGGGCUGGCCACCGGCUCCGUGCCGUUCCUCCUGAAGCCGUACCUGUCGUACGGGCAGAUCGGUGUCUUCUCGCUCGCAUCCUAUCCCUACUCACUUAAACUGCUGUGGAGUCCCAUCGUUGACGCAAUGUGGAGUCGGAGGUUCGGCCGACGCAAGAGUUGGAUCACACCCGUGCAGGUUAUCGCAGGACUGGCCAUGAUCUACCUGGGCGGACGCAUCGAGGAGAUGAUGAAGGCGGCCGGGGCCAAUGGCGGCGCAGGCGUGUGGAAUUUCACAUACUGGUGGUUCAUGCUGGUGUUCUUCUGCGCCACGCAGGAUAUUGCCGUGGACGGGUGGGCCAUCACGCUCAUGUCGCCCCCGAAUAUCUCCUACGCGUCGACCGCGCAGACGGUGGGCCUGACCGCCGGUCACUUCCUGUCGUACACCGUGUUCCUGGCCUUCAACUCGGCGGACUUCGCCAACCGUUGGUUCCGCGCCAUCCCGGCCGAAGGGGGCCUGCUGUCGCUGGGCACGUACCUGAAGUUCUGGGGCUGGGCGUACAUCGUGGUGACCUCUCUCCUGGCGGUCAUGAAGAAGGAAGACCGGACGCACGAGCGCGACAGCAUCAUGGACGUGUACCGCAGCAUGUGGAGCGUGCUGAAGCUGAAGCACGUGCACACGAUCAUCUUGGUGCAUCUGAUUGCCAAGAUCGGGUUCCAGGCCAACGACGGCGUGACCAGCUUGAAGCUGUUGGACAAGGGUUUCGGCCAGGACAACAUGGCGCUGGUGGUGCUGAUCGACUUCCCGUUUGAAAUCGGGCUUGGGUACUACGCCGGCAAGUGGUCGACAGAAUACACGGCAAUGCGGCUGUGGUGCUGGGCAUUCGCCGGCCGGCUGGUGGCGGCUGUUCUAGCCCAGAUCACCGUGAUGAUUUACCCUGCGGCCGACCAGAUUCCAAUGUGGUAUCUCCUGACCGUAAUCGGCGAGCACAUCUUCUCGACAUUCAUGAACACAGUGAUGUUCGUGGCCGUGUCCGCCUUCCACGCACGCAUUGCCGACCCCAGCAUCGGCGGAACCUACAUGACGAUGCUGGCAACUGUCUCGAACCUUGGCGGUACUUUCCCACGAUACUUCAUCCUCAAGCUCGUAGACAUGUUCACCGAGGCGACGUGCGUGCCUCCAACCGUCCCCCCCGCCCUCGACACCCUAAAGGGCGACCUCGUCACCGAGGCCUUCUCCUGUGCCCUGGAACCGGACCGCGCCCUCUGCCUCAACGGCGGCGGCACCUGCAACGUCCAGCACGACGGCUACUACACGACGAACAUCAUCUGUGUGUUGAUCGGGGCGGUGACCUUUGUGUUCUUCAUCAAGCCUGCCGUUCUCAAGCUGCAGGCCCUUCCAUUGCGCGCCUGGAGAUUGACCCCGGCCACUAGACACUAGCGCAUUUGUAUUUAUAGCCACAUUUACAGUAGAACGCAUACGAGCACGAUGUAUACCGAUCCAGGCGUUUAGGGAUUUCAUGUAUCUAGGCAUGACUGCUUGUGCAACGGUUCGCGGGUGGUCAUUCGGCUGUUGGGUCGGAUGCCUGCAUUAGUGUUGUUAAUCCCCUACUCCCGCUUAUGCGGGUGGAGGCGCUCUAUAGUAUCUACCUAUCCCUUGGCUAUUGCAG